AUGAAGUUCUCCGCCGUACUAGCUCUCUCCGCCGCCGCGCUGGCCUCCGCCCGAUCCGCUCGCAACACCUACCCCGUUCGUCGCGAUGGUCACAAGAAGUCUGCUUCCUCCGCAGAAAUCGCCAAGGCUCUCCCCGCUGGCAUGACAGGAUUCGGAGUUUCCAACAGCCAGGUCACCGAAGUUAUCAUCAUCUGGGCGAACCCCGGUGCUGGCGCGCCUACGAUCAACAUCAACCCUCCCGCCGGCGGCGCUGCUGCUCCCCCCGCCGCCGCGCCCCCCGCGGCUGCUCCUCCCGCCACUCCUCCUCAGCCUCCUGCUGCUGCCCAGACUCACAACGUUAUGGUCGGUGGUGCCGCUGGUCUCGUCUUCGUUCCCGAUCAGAUCAAGGCUGCCGUUGGUGACAUGGUUGUCUUCACUUUCAUGAGCCAGAACCACACCGCUACGCAGUCCUCCUUCGCGAAGCCUUGCGAUCCCCUCGCCGGUGGUAUGAACUCUGGCUUCAUGGCCAACCCCAACAACACCGUCAGCCCGCCUCCCCAGGUUGCCAUGCAAGUCAUGGUCUCUGACCCCUUGUGGUUCUACUGCGCUCAAGCCAACCACUGCGGCAAGGGCAUGACCUUCUCCAUCAACCCCACCGCCGAGAAGUCCCAGGCCUUGUUCCAGUCUAUGGCUAUCCAGCAGAAGGGCAACGGAGCUCCCAGCGCCAUCGUCGGCGGCACUCCCCCGGCUGCCGCUCCCGCUGCCUCUGCUCCCGCUGCCUCCGCGCCCGCCGCUGCGCCCCCUGCCGCUGCUCCUGCCGCUCCCGCCGCUCCUGCUGCCGGCGGUGCCGUUACCCCCGGCACUGGCCAGAUCAACGGCGCCGGUGCUUGCGUCUGCGCCGUCACCUGCUCAGCUGGCUCUUUCCCCGCGGCCGCACAAGGCGUUGGUGCUUUCGGCGGCAUGGCAGGCUCUCUCCCCAUGAACAUGAUGGAGGCUUAA